AUGCUGCUAAGGAGACUCUACUCAACUGCCAUAAGACCAUCACUCUCAGAAACAUCAGCUAAAAGAUGGGAUGCAGUUAAGAAUGCCAAACCAAUUACUCAUUUCCUUACUGAUAAUUUCAACAGAAGGCAUGAUUAUUUAAGAAUAAGUAUAACAGAACGUUGUAACCUAAGAUGUUUAUACUGUAUGCCUGAAGAAGGUGUACCAUUACAAGCAGAUUCUCAAAUCUUGAGCACUGAUGAAAUUAUUCAAAUUGCUGAAAUGUUUGUGAAACAAGGCGUUAAGAAAAUUAGAUUAACUGGUGGUGAACCUACUGUUCGUAAAGAUAUUUUGGAAAUAAUGGAAAGUUUAAAUCAAAUUGAAGGUUUGAAUGAGAUUUGUAUUACAAGUAAUGGAAUUGCUUUGAAUAGGAAAUUACCAAAAUUGGCUAAAUCUGGAUUAACUUCAUUAAAUUUAUCUUUAGAUACUUUAGUGGAGGGGAAAUUCACUUUAAUUACAAGAAGGAAUGGAUUAUCAAAUGUUUUGAAAAGUUUAGAAACUGCUUUAAAAUUAGGUAUACCAAAAGUUAAAUUAAAUGUUGUUAUUAUUCGUGGAUUAAAUGAUGAUGAAAUUUUAAAUUUUGUUAAAUUAGCUCAAUAUUAUCCAUUAGAGGUUAGAUUUAUUGAAUAUAUGCCAUUCGAUGGGAAUAAGUGGGAAGUGGAGAAAGUUAUUAGUUUCAAAGAGAUUAUUGACAUAAUUAAAACAAAACAUCCAAUUAUUGAACAAUUGACUCAUAAGUAUGGUGAAACUUCAAAAAUUUUCCAAAUCCCUGGAUUUAAAGGGAAGUUAGGGUUCAUUACAUCAAUGACUUCUGAUUUUUGUGGUGAUUGUACAAGAUUAAGAAUAACAUCUGAUGGGAAUUUAAAAGUAUGUUUGUUUGGUAAUGAUGAAGUUUCAAUUAAAAAUUUAUUAAGAGCUGGUGUUGAUGAAUCUGAAAUCCUGGAAGUUGUUGGUAAAGCUGUGAAGGGCAAAAAGGAAAAACAUGCUGGUUUAGACGAAUUGCCAAAAAUGGCUAAUAGACCUAUGAUUUUAAUUGGUGGAAACACGAAUCCACUGAUUCACAGAUUUGGUAUAAGGCCCUACUCCACCAAGACAUUAACCCAUGUUAAUGAAAAAGGUGAAGCUAAAAUGGUUGAUAUUGGAGAUAAACAAAUAACCAAGAGAAGAGCAACAGCUUCAGGUUUCAUCAAAUUCUCAAAUGAAAUUCCAAUCCAACAAAUUGAAUCAAAUAGUAAUAAGAAAGGUGAUGUUUUAAGUAUUGCAAGAAUCUCAGGGAUAUUAGCCAUAAAGAAAACAUUUGAUCUGAUAAUUCUAUGUCAUCCAUUACAAUUGACAAAAGCUGAAGUUAAAAUUGAAAUCAUUGAUACACAUACCAUAAAAGUGGAAAGUAUAGUGGAUUGUCAAGGGAAAACUGGAGUGGAAAUGGAGGCAUUAGUUGGUGUGAAUAUCGCAUUAUUAAACAUUUAUGAUAUGUGUAAAGCUGUUGAUAAAAAAAUGGUUAUUCAUGAUGUUAAAGUUAUUGAAAAGAAGGGUGGUAAAAGUGAUUUUGUUAUUGAUGCACCAUGA